CUGCAGUGAGCGCCAGGCCUGAGCAGUUGCUCGGGGCUGAGCUCCGGCAGACUGUCAGGUGACUCGCUCCAGAAGCCUGGGUCUUAGGCCGGCGCCACCAUGUCGCUGCCUCCACGCCCAGCUACCAUCCCGCACACACUGCAGCUCCUGCUAGCCCUUCUGAGCUCAGGUUGGGGAGAGUUGGCGCCACAGAUCAAUGGUCAGACCUGGGCCAAGCUAGCACUUCGGGAGAAUGAACGUUACCCCUUUACCUGCCAAGUGACAGGUGGGUCUGGCAUCCCCCAGUUGACUUGGUAUCUGGAUGGACAGCUGCAGGAGGCCAGCGCUUCAAGACUGCUGCAUGUGGAUGGGGAGGCCUUCUCUGGAGGCACAAGCACCUUUACUGUCACUGCCCAGCGGGCCCAGCAUGAGCUCAACUGCUCCCUGCAGGACCCGGGCAGUGGCUGGUCAGCCAACGCCUCUGUCAUCCUCAAUGUACAAUUUAAGCCGGAGAUUGCCCAGGUCGGGGCCACGUACCAGAAAGCUCAGGGCCAGGGCUUCCUGCUUGUUCUUUUUGCCCUGGUACGUGCCAACCCACCUGCCAAUGUGACCUGGAUCGACCAGGAUGGGCUGGUGACUGUCAACACCUCAGACUUCCUGGUGCUGGAUGCCCAGAACUACCCCUGGCUCACCAACCACACUGUGCGGCUACAGCUUCGCAGCCUGGCAUACAACCUCUCUGUGGUAGCCACCAAUGAUGUGGGUGUCACCACUGCUUCACUUCCUGCCCAAGGACUCCUGGCCACUCGGGUGGAAGUGCCACUUCUGGGCAUCAUUGUGGCUGGAGGGCUAUCCCUGGGCACCCUGGUGGCAUUCAGCACCUUGGUGGCAUGCCUGGUCUACAGGAAAGAGAAGACCAAAGGCUCCUCCCGGCGCCCGUCUCUGAUCUCUAGUGACUCCAACAACCUGAAACUCAACAAUGUGCGCCUGCCACGGGAAAACAUGUCCCUCCCAUCCAACCUUCAGCUCAACGACCUCACUCCAGAUUCCAGAGGGAAACCAGUAGAUCGGCAGAUGGCUUGGAACAACAGCCGGCCAGAGCUUCUGGAUUCAGAGCCUGGCGGCCUCCUCACCAGCCAAGGUUUCAUCCGUCUACCAAUGCUGGGCUACAUCUAUCGAGUGUCCAGUGUGAGCAGUGAUGAGAUCUGGCUCUGAGCUAAGGGCAAGAUGAAAGGUCCCAUGGCCCCUGGGCGCUCUCCCGCUCCUCCAAGGCAUUCUCUGUCCGGCCAUGUUGCCAGUGAGAAGAAGCCACCUCCAUUUUUGUUGCACCCCUAACUGGGGUGUCCUCUCUGUCAUCUUCAUAAUGGUUCCACUGGGAUCUGACCCUCAGGGGCACAGGUAUCCUUAGCAUGGCUGCUGGCUGGACCUGAGCCCUUUAUCUAAUUCAGGUUGGGGGCCUGCAUGUGAUGCUUGUGCCCAGGCGGAUACAGCUCUUUGCUCGUGUGUUCAGAUGUUAUCUGGCAUCUUACGUGUGGCAUAGCCCUGUUGGCUUGGGCCUGCUCUGCCUCAUACCAGUACUUAAUACCUUAUACAGCUGGCAUGAGGGCAUGCCUGGUUGUGGGACAAGGAAGGCCCUGCACGUCUUAGAUUUCUUUCCCUGUGCUAUGUAGCUUUGUUCCCUCAGGGAAAAUUUAAAACCCUAUUAGCUGUAUAGAACCAAUAUGCUCUUUGCACUGGAACCAACCCCUGGCCCAGGGGCACUAGCCAAGCAUAAACUAUAGUCUCUUGCUGUAUACCUCUGCCUUUUCUCUGUCCCCACCUUCUCUUGGACAUCUUAAGUUAUAGGUUGGACCUUUUCCACUUCUUCACCAGGCACCAGACUUCCCUGUUGGUCUGGUCUCUGGUGGUGCUAGUGCCUGGUAUUUGCAUAAAUCAGGAGGAAAGAGGGAGGUGAGAAGUCUAGUGAUGUCCGGGACAACAUGUAGCUAUGCAUAUUUUUCUUAGUGUUUUUCUUACGGUGUUAGCACUUGAAGCACAUCCCCUGGGAAGGGGGUGAAUGAGGGCUCUCUCUGUGGGCUCCCCAAGUCUGGCUUUCCUGUGAUUCACUGAGUCCUUGAGUUUGAUCGUUUCCCCCUCCACAUGUCUCGCCUCCAUGAAAGCUCAGCCCUGACCUACCCAACUGCCCCAUCAGCAGGAAGCCACUCUUCGGUUCCAUCCUCUGCUCUUAAGGGAAUGUUCAUAGUGGCACAUAAUCCAACAGUGCCAGAAGCCAGAAUGGAGAAAGAGGGAUACCACAU